UCGGUGCGACAUAACAGUCACGGCAAGUGAGUGGGAGAUGAGCUCGUGCUCGUAGUAGCGCAGCCUCAAUUGUGCAUCCUCAACAAUAGACCGGCAAUUGGCCUACGCUCUGAGUCGAAGUGUGCUCUAUAACUGGUAGAUGCGGAACUGGAAUGCAUCGCGGUAUCGUAGUUUAAGUUCUCGCGAUGAACGUUUCGGUGGUGUUUUUCGUGGGCGGCCUGUUGACGCUGGGUGGAUGCCUCGAAUGGGGUGAAGACGAUCCUGGGGUGAAUCCAUGCGUAGUCAAAUUUGUCGAUAACGAUGCUUCCGGUAUUGGAGUGCUUAAUCGAACGUUCAAUGGGGUUAAAUAUUGUGAAUACUUGGGAAUUCGAUACGCUGAGCCACCGGUCGGGCCGCUUAGAUUCAAGAGUUCAGUCGUGAGAGCUCCAGAAGGAGCGGAGCAGUACACGCGGAUAGGAAGUAUUUGCGCGCAGUUGAACACCUUUGAUGACGCAAAGAAAGUAACUGGCGAUGAAGAUUGUCUCUUUUUGAAUAUUUACAAGCCGUUGAAAAAUGAGGCCGACAAAAACUUGUAUCCAGUCCUGGUCUAUAUUCACGGAGGAAGCUACGCGAUAUGGUCUCCACAAACCGACAUGUUUGGCGUUGAUCUGCUGAUGGAAAGCGGUAUUAUGAUUGUUGCUGUCAAUUACCGGUUGUCGGUUCUAGGCUUUUUGCACUAUCCUGAGUUCAACAUUACGGGUAAUUAUGGACUGAAAGAUCAUUUAGCUGCCUUACAGUGGGUCCAACGCUACAUAGAACCUUUCGGAGGAGAUCCAAACAACGUUACCCUAAUGGGGCAAAGUGUGGGAGCUCAUUCCGUAACAUACCACAUGUAUCUGGAACCAUUCCAGGGACUGUUUCAUCGAGCGAUUGCAAUGUCUGGAUCAGUUCUCGCACCAUCGGCAAUGAUCUAUAACCCGGAACAUUACACCUCCAAAUACCUCAAGUCGAUCAACAUUCACUCAUACGAUGAACUUAUGAACGCCAGUUUUAAAGACCUGUUUUCGCUAAAAUCUUACAGUCGAAAAUUCAGCUUCGCCUGGGCCAGCCUACCCAUCUUUCUACCGGCUGUCGAGGAUGAUGAUGAUCCGGAAGCCCUGGUCACGCAACCGGUCCACGAGCUGAUCCUAAACGAGCCGGUCAACAAAGUCCCGCUGAUGAUCGGAAUGACGUCUCUCGAGUUCACAUCUUUGUUUGCAACGUCUACAAUCGCGGAAUUCACCGCUGAUGAAAGUUUUCCCAAUCGAAGUAAUAAAACGGUCUACCAGGAGGUGAAAUGCAUGAUCGAAGCUGCUGGGAAAUUGGCAAACAAGGUACAACCCAAAGGUGCCGGAAGGCAUUUCUAUGGGAAACUGGCGAACUUGGUCAACAUGUACUACCCGGUAAAAAUGGUUCUGAGACGAUUGUCUCAGAUGGACGCUUUUCUGGAAUCAAUUUUCUACUAUCGGUUCGAGUUCGACGGCAAGUUUGGCAAGUACAAGAACAGUUUCUACAAGGGUGGCUUGGAAAGCAGCUAUCGGGGGGCAAUACAUGGAGAUGAUUUGGGUUAUUUGUUCUCACCGUACGUUGUGCGACAGGCUCUGGCCAACCGCAGCGCAUUUGAGACAGAGUGGAACGUCUCUAAGAGGAAUGUGCGCUAUUUCAGUAAUUUCGUAAAGUUUGGUAAUCCAACUCCGGAGGAUGACGAAUUGUCAGACAUCAAGUGGCCUGCGUACAAUGGAAACGAAACGGCACAACAGUUCCUCAAUAUAAACGACGAAGAUGAUGUUCAAAUUGAUGACGAUCGAUCAAAUUUUGUAUUUCAGGUGUGGAACGUUGCGCACCAAUGUUUAUACUACUAUCGGUGUUUGCAAGUUGAUGUUCUCAAAGAGAAAAUCGAUAAACAUCUUUUAAGUAACCAAACCAGUAUUGAUUUAGAUAAGUUAUUCGUUAGCUGAAUUACCUAUCGAUUAAUUUAUUUAUGCAAGCAAGAGAAAGAUUAAACAUUUGAUAUUUAAUAAAAUAUGUAUGAUAAAUGGAACCAAU